AUGGAGGAGCUGCAAGCUCGUCAUAGGAAAGAGCAAAGGGACCUCCAGUCACGAAUAACACAGAAGAAAAAGUCAGCAACGAAGAAGACGCGUAAAGGUAUCAAUGAUGAAUGCGAGAGUCUACAGAGACAGCUCCUAGAUAAACAGCAGGCCGAAAUAUCUCAACUCAAUGGGGAGGUAGAUGUCGGAGAUGCAGACGCAAUCAAUCAGAUGAAUGAGCUGAAUAUCGAGAAUAAUGACCAGGCUAAAGAGCCUGAGGAAUUCAAUACCAAUGGAACAACAGGUUGCUCUGAGCCUCCAGUUAACCCGCCCGCCCCCGUGACCAGCACAACCGAGAGAGGACCUGGUCCAAGACGUGGCAAUCGCCAAAAAGCACGUUUGGCUAGACGCGCGGCCGAGCGUGAAGCAGAGAUUAACAAUGCUGCAAUUGAAGCGGCAAACCAAACCGACAAACGCGCUAAUGAACGUAAGGCUAUGGAUGAAGCCUUUGCGCGUCUAAAGCUGAAAGAGAAAGAUAUCGCACCAGAUGGGCAUUGUUUGUAUUCUGCUGUGGCGUGGCAAUUGAUAGAAAAUGGGAUUUGUCUGAGCCCAGAACAAUCGGAACCAGUGUUAACCGAUGCGAUAAAAACAAAUGGCUAUAAGGGCGUUCGGGCUACAACGGCUGAUUAUAUACUCUCCAAUGCCAAUGAUUUUGCUCCAUUCCUGGAAGAAUCAAUUGGAGAUUACGCCCAAAAAAUAAAAUCAACGGCAGAAUGGGGAGGUCAGCUAGAACUGCAGGCCAUUGCGCGUGCUUAUAACGUGCGGAUAAAUGUCGUUCAAGGAGACGGGCGGAUCGAGAGGUUCCUACCAGAUGGCGAAAUUAACGAAUCUAAAACAAAGGAUAUAUGGUUGGCGUACUAUCGGCAUACAUAUGGACUUGGGGAGCAUUACAAUGCCCUAUCUCACAGCUCCACUUGA